UGAAGUGAGCAAAUUUUGUCAAUGAAAGACUUAUAUCCUACAAAAAGUUUAUUAUAAAGRCCGAAAAAGAUGAGCAAGCAGUCCUCACCAAGAAAUUUUAAAUUAGUCCAUCAAACAUUGUGCAUAACAUCCAUUGACUUCCAAAGAAAAUGUCUUUUUGGUUUUGUGGAGCUGAGAAUAUUACCUUUAGCGCACAAUCUGAACAGGAUCAAAUUGAAUUGCAAACAGUGCAGGAUAAUGCGCAUUUGCAUUCGAGAUGAAAAAAAGGGAGAUUGGUAUGAAGCAGGUUUUCAGUUUGAUGACAUGAGAGGAAGACCAGUUUGUGGCGAUGCCAAAAAGAGAAACUUGGAUUAUUUUUUUGCCUGCCAACAAAAUUCUGUGACUGUUUUUGAUCCAGACAAAAGUGGAGGAGAACUGACAAUUAGAGUCCCCAAGGAGGUUCAGGCUUGUGCCAUGGAGAGGCGCCAGUUUCGAAUCAGCAUUGAAUAUUCACUCGAUCAUCCUGAGGGAGGGAUACAGUUUGUAACCCCAAAAGGAGAAGGAUCCAUGGCUGAGAGAUCUGCACACUUGUUUACUUAUGGCUAUGGGAACUCAUCCAGGUUAUGGUUUCCCUGUGUUGAUUGUUAUUCUGAAGUAUGUACAUGGAGUAUUGACAUCACAACAAGUAAAGAUAUGAUAGCAGUAAGCAGUGGGGAAUUGGUUGAACAGAUUCUUAAUGCUGAUGAUAAAACAAAGACUUUUCAAUAUGAACUCAACAUUCCAACAUCGGCACCCAAUAUCGCUCUAGCUGUAGGUCCCGAGGUUUUGUGUUCUCCGGCAAUUCAUGAAGUCACAAACUUUUGUCUUCCUGGUCUUCUGUCUCACCUAAAGCACACGUCGGCUUUCAUUCAUGAUGUGUUUGAGUUCUAUGAAGAAAACCUUAGCUGUCGAUAUCCAUAUACCCAAUACAAACAGGUUUUUGUGGAUGAGGCAUAUGAUGAUAAGAUGACUUAUGCUUCUAUGUCAAUAUUUAACACAAGUCUUCUCCACUCCUCAAAAAUUAUAGACCAGACUUUCAUAACAAGAAGAGUUCUAGCCCAAGCUUUAGCUGAACAGUUUUUUGGUUGUUAUAUAUGCAUGCAGGACUGGUCUGAUGCAUGGUUGUGUUCAGGGAUAUCAGGAUAUCUUUAUAGUUUGUUUGUGAAGAAGGUUUUUGGAAAUAAUGAAUAUAGACAUUGGAUCAUGAAGGAGAAUGAGUGUGUAUGUAAGUAUGAGAUGGAAGGACCAGGUCUCCCUCCACUUCACAGCCCUCUAGGUACCAGCUCAGCAUCAACCAGUUCUUCAUUAACUUCUCCUCCUAUCGUACCAUCAUCAACACCAUUCUCAGCCAUCCAUCUCCAUCCUCAUCUGAUUGGCGUGAAACAGAAGGAAGUCGCCUGGAGUAAGGCUCACCUAGUUAUUAGAAUGAUUGAGAAUCGUAUAGGACAAGAACCUUUGCUUCAGGUUUUCAACAAGCUUCUGUCUCUAGCAAACACUACUGCACAACCUAAAGUCGACCCAAGCUUAUGGAAGAAUUUACUGCUAUCUACCACAGGGUUUCUUAAGUCAAUAUCAACUGUGUCUGGAAAAGAUAUUAAUGUAUUUAUCGACCAGUGGAUAUGCCACAGUGGCAUAGCUAAAUUUCAUGGCAGCUUCGUCUUCAAUCGCAAAAGGAAUAUUGUAGAGCUGGACAUCAAGCAAGAUUUAUCACGUGGUACAACUAAAUAUGUGGGUCCACUUACUGUGUGUAUACAAGAAUUAGAUGGAUCGUUUAAUCAUACUGUACAGAUAGAAGACAUAUCCAGUCGACACGAGCUGCCGUGUCACUCCAAAAGCAGAAGAAACAAAAAGAAGAAGAUUCCGCUGAUGACUGGCGAGGAAGUUGACAUGAAUCUCGAUGCAAUGGACUCUGAUUCACCUGUUCUCUGGAUGCGUAUCGACCCAGAAGUCACGUGGCUCCGUCACGUGACGUUCGAGCAGCCUGAUUACAUGUGGCAGUACCAGCUACGUCAUGAGCGUGACGUCAUGGCACAAGCAAAAGCUCUUGAAGCACUUGAUCGAUUCCCAUCUCCAGCGACUCGUGAAGCUUUGAUUGACAUCGUAAAAAACAAGGAAUGUUUCUAUAAAAUACGGCAAGAUGCUUGUUACUGUUUGGCAAAGGUUGCCACAUCGACCGCUGAAAGCUGGGCAGGUCAUGCCGCUAUGAUGAACAUCUUCAAAAACUUCUUUUCCUCAAAAUCUUGUCCUCAGAUUAUUCGUUAUAACGAUUUCUCGAAUUUUAUAUCUUAUUUUAUUCUCAAGACUCUCCCAGUUGCCAUAGCAUCUAUACGUAAUAUCCAUUCACAGUGUCCACGUGAAAUUCUUCUAUUUUUACUUGAGUUGUUGAAAUAUAACGAUAAUCGCAUAAAUAAGUAUUCGGAUGGUUACUACAUUGCAGCAUUGAUUACUGCCUUAGCAAAGACAGUCACUGCUGGAGUAUGUAUGACUACAACCACAAGCACUGGAAAGCAUGUUGUCAAAUUGAAAGAAGACACGCAGGUUGUUUUAAGUGAGGUGACUCGACGUCUUAAUGUCGAGAAAUUGCUACCAUCCUAUCGAUACGUCGUCACAGUCAGUUGCCUAAAGGCUUUAAGAACUCUUCAAGUCAACGGACAAGUUCCAUCCGAUCCAAAGACCUACGAAUAUUACUCAAGUUAUGGUCAUUUUGAAGAUGUACGAAAAUGUGCUGUUGAGUGUCUUGUCGACUUUGCCAAAGUGGAGCAAAGUGAACGAGUUCUUAGUUUUCUACUAACAAUCGUUGAAAAAGACCCAGUUCCUUUUAUCAGGCAUUAUACACUAAGAUCAUUAGCUGAAAACCCUCCCUUCACACGCAAAGCCGAUUCACCUCUCUGCACCGAGAACAUCGUCGAACGGUUGUGGCAUAUAAUGAACACCGUUCACGACGCCCGUUUACGCUGUGAUGCAUCUGACCUGUAUAACUCUAUGUUCGGAAGGCUAACACCAACUUGUGUUCCACCACAGGGAAUGGGCAUCGUCAUUGACCUGAAAAAAGAGAAAAUUAUGAGUCUCUCGCCGCUUGCCAUGCCAUCAUCACCGGGUGGUUCUGUAAGUGRUGAAGAAUCCACAGCAUCGAAAACAUCUAAGAAAAGUCACAAAAGAAAGCGUAAGACAUCACGUCCACACUCGCCUACAGACAMCAGUCAUUUAGACUCUCAACCUGGAACCCCAUUGAGUGUGGAGUCUGCUUGCUCAGAAGGAAACAAGCUCAAAUUGAAAAUMAAGCUUGGAAACGACGAAAGUGGCGUUGAAAGCAGCGGGGAAGUCCAUCCUAAGGACGCUGGAGAAAGUGAACCAAAAAAGCACAAAAAGAAGAAAAAGAAACACAGACAUAAGGAUGAAAAAGGRAAACGCAAAAUGAGYACAAGCAGUAGUAAYUACGAUUCUCCACUGAUGUUCGACCCUAAUGUCUCAUCGACUCCUAUUUGACACCAAAGAAAUUUGUGUUGUAUUUAGGCAAAGCUAUUAUUUGUCUAAUAAGUCUGUAAUCAUACUUUAUUACUUUUAAGAUCUAAAAAUCUUCUCAGUCGAUAGAUAAUAUGCAAGAGAAUUUAUUGCGGAAUAUAUCUUUGAUUGUUUUCUUAAAAUCUACUGCAAGUGGCUAGUAUCCAUACAGCCUCGAGAUGUUUAAAAUGAUAAUAUAUUUUCUCGUUUACUUUUGAGUUUUUCUAGGACCAUAUCAUUUUAAAGUAGUUCAUGUCAUGAAAAUGAAGACUAAUCAUAUGUCAUGUUUUGAGCAAAAUUUUAACAAAAUGUAUUGAAACGAGGAAAAACAAACCAAAGAACCCCCAAAAAAUUAUGUAAAGAGAAAAAUGUAAAUAAAAUAAAUUAGAUCAGAAA